AUGGCGGCGCCCAGCAAUGUCGACGACCGUGGUAUAGAAUUAACGAAAGAAUUACGCGAUCCUUACGGCGUUUUCUACGAUGAGGAUGUGCUCGCGCCUGUGCCGGAUGUCCAGCCUCUCUCCAGUCUGGAGGAGUUUGCUGAUAAGUACAUGCGCGAUAAAAAGGCCGUGGUUCAAGCCGAAACGACGCCGAGAGUUCAGCGGGAAGUGCAGCAGCAGCAGCAGCCGGAGGAUGAGCCCCAGGAGCAGCGUGGCGGCAAUGUUCGGCGUGGUCCGCGCGCCGUGGCCAGUGUGGUGGAGCGCAGCACGAUGGGAGGCAUGCACACCCAGGGACCCCUGAGCAUCCUCUUCCGAGCGGUGCGCGACCGGCUGCGCGUCAAGGUGUGGACGCGGAGUCACACACGGGUGCGCAGCAUCCUGACGGGCUUCGUGCACGCCUACGACCGGCACCUCAACUUGGCUCUGGCCGACGUUGACGAGGUGCUGCUGCUGCCGCCGGCACCGUCUCUACCGACGGCGACAGGUGACGCGAAUGAAAAGAAGACGGCGACAGAGACGACGACCAGCGCGCCUGCAGCACCGCUGCCGACCCAGGUGGUGCAUCAGCAGCAGCUGCAGGAUGAGGAGGAGGAGGAGGAUGGAAAGGAGAUCAAGACGAGCGCCUCCACUGGUAAACCUAUCGAGCUCUGGCUUCCUGCGUGGGCGAUUCCUUCGGGCCGCACAAUUCCUGAGAAGGACGCACAUCCUUCUGCCUGCCCUACUCCAUCUGCGACCGCCAGCUGCGACUCAUCCGAAGAGCGGCCGAGGCAGCGGUGCCCUCGCCGCAAGGCCGUCUGCAUCCCGUUGGAACGACUGGAUGUGCAGCCGGAGUCUGGCCAAGAGGAGCCCUCUGACCCACCGAGCGACCCGAGGCCCCUGGCGGCAGAACGGACUGCGGUCGUGGCUCAGAAGCGGCCAGCGAGGACCGGCCGGAUACGACGUCGCGCCGCGGCCCCGACCCUGGCGCCCCGGUCGAGGCACGUGAACCAGCUAUUCGUGCGGGGCGAUAACGUCGUCUCCGUCGCCCUGAUGCCCGUCUGACUGCGCGGAACGGAAUCACUUGGCCAGCCGAAGGUCCUUCUCCUCCCAAAGAUAGCAAUGGUCCUCCUCCAUACAGGCAGUGUCGACCAGAUGCCACAUAUGACGACAAUGUGACGAAACACUCCCGCGUUAAGCCAACGCGUUGGAUUUCUUGACGUCAGCCACGUCUGGGAGGCAAUACUAGUCACCGAGUCGCCCUACCAUACGACGGAUCUGCGAACUAACAACACCUGUCGUUUCCCGUCCCUAUGGUCGCUACAGGCGCUUUUAGCCUGGCAGUCCCGGCCGGCAAAUAGCUCCGCCCGAGCGUCUCUUUCCAGUAUUUUAUUUACCAAGUGUCACUUCGACCAGUCUCUCGGCGAACCAUCCGCGCCCCUUCUGGAAACACGAUCUGUCCAGUGCACUCGUGGAAGAACAGCGUUGCCGGGAAUACGAAGGGGAGCUCAGAAGCGUGUUGAACUGGGCCGGAUGGUACAUUGCGGGGCGUUUGCGCUUCAAGUCCCACAGAAAGACCAGGAGGAGUGUGUUAGCUGCAGGUGGAUCUAUCCUCGCAAAAUAUGCGGACAAUUGCCCCGCCCGCGGUUGCCUUCUUUCAGAAAGUUUGUGAAACGUGGGCAUGAAUAACCAGGAACGCCGUCGUAUGUAAGCCGACGCGACGAAAGAAAAAAGCGUUCUUUUCUCGUUCUCGAGUACAACCAAGGCAGCGGCUAUACGUUCCCAACUUGCGCUGCGGGCUACGCCAACGACAGCACUGCCGGCGCAACAAAUGACCAUCCUUUCCUUCUUUUUCCGUGUGACACCUGUGCCCGCGAACAUACCGACACCCUUUGUCGACCGCAUCGUGUUCUCUCUCUCUCUCAUGCACCUUGAGAAACGCCCCCUGAGCAGAGGACCCGCGGUGGCCCGUAAAGUCACUGCGACUUUAGUGGCCCGCAGUGCAGUGCGCCAGCUGUGUGUGCUUCGGUCACCACCAUUCGCCUUCCUGGUGCAGCCGGCCGUGAGACACCUAACGGGCCGGAUAAACGAGAGUCUGUCUCGGUCCUUUCGAAUUCCGCACUCUUCGGGACCUUGACUGUGAUGGCAACAUGGCCUUCACUGCUACAGUAUGUGAUUGUGCGAUGAGCGCUGUUAUGUGUGUGUGCGCGCGCGUCACUUGUGUUCCAUUUCCUUCUUCUUCUCUUUCUCUUUCCGGCCGCUUCUUCUUCCAGUAGAAGGUAGCGAACGUGCGCGAAGCCUGGGGGAAUGUCAUGGGCUUAACAUGUUACAUGCCUCCUGGUAGGACAACUGUACAAGUCCGCGGCAUUUCCUCCUCAAAUGCUGAUGCACAUAAGCGUGCUCCAAUGAGGGCGCACUCCAGACUGAUGUCAUGAGCCGGAAGGCCGGUGACCCUGCCUUCAGAGAACAUUGCUUAGUGCAUGAGCGGACUCUUCAGUCCUCCUGUAGUCGCGGAGGCUAUCGGCUGCCGCGCUUCGGUCGUCUGGGCGGUUGUAUCCGGCUGUAGAGUGCCAACAAGUACGCAGGCGAAAUGAAUGCGCGUUAUUGUCACGCCAGUGCAUAAUGCGCGCGCAGAAGAUAGUACGUUUCUUAGAAACACUACUCGCACAACGCCCGAUCGUCCUAUGUGGAGUUCAUAGGAACAUUUGGAAGAUCGCGGGUCUUCGACUGUACGUUCGUCUUUAUUUCGAAGUUUCUCUCUCUCUCAAGAGAUUGACUGAUAUGUAUAUGCACACAAUACUGUAGGGAAUGCAAGCAUCGCCCAGAGCAUGUGUGCGCGUCUUUCUUACAAUUUUAUUUUAUUAUUUUGUCGCGAAAGGCGCAACGAAAAACGCGACAUCAGUGUCAAUAAUCAAUAAACGCAAAUGAA